GCUCGAGGCACGACUUGGUGAGCGCCGCCACACUCUCACAGGUGGACACACAGAGAGAGAAAGACGCGAUGAACGCUCCCAAGAAAGUGUGUGUCGUCGGCUCCGGGAACUGGGGAUCUGCAGUUGCCAAGAUUAUUGGAGACAAUGCAGCUCACAAUCCAAAAUUUGACAGUACUGUCAAAAUGUGGGUGUAUGAAGAAAAUAUUAAUGGGCGGAAGCUAACAGAGAUCAUUAAUACGGAGCACGAAAACGUCAAGUACCUGCCUGGGCACAAGCUGCCAACCAACGUGCUGGCAGUUCCAGACCUAGUGGAGGCUGCGGGUGAGGCCGAUGUGUUGGUGUUUGUGGUUCCACAUCAGUUCAUUGGAAAUGUGUGCGACACCAUCGAAGGCAAGGUGAAGAAAGACGCUCUGGGAUUGUCCCUCAUUAAGGGUGUGGACGCGGGUUCUGAUGGACUCCGAUUGAUUUCUGACAUCAUCCGAGAGAAGCUGGGUAUUGAUGUGGCGGUGCUGAUGGGAGCCAAUAUUGCCAAUGAGGUGGCAGAUGGGAAAUUCUGUGAAUCCACCAUUGGCUGUAAGAACAAGGAGCGCGCGCUUCUGCUGAAGGAACUCAUGGAAAACCCAAACUUCCGCAUUACUGUGGUGGAGGAGUCUGAUGUUGUGGAGAUGUGUGGAGCGCUGAAGAAUGUGGUGGCAGUGGGUGCAGGCUUCUGUGAUGGUUUGGGAUAUGGAGACAACACCAAAGCAGCAGUGAUCCGCCUUGGACUGAUGGAGAUGGUUGCUUUUGCCUGCACCUUCUGCACAUCUGGACCCGUUUCGUCAGCCACCUUUCUGGAGAGCUGUGGGGUGGCAGAUCUCAUCACCACCUGCUAUGGUGGUCGGAACCAGAGAGUUGCCAAGGCCUUUGUCACAACUGGAAAGUCCAUUGAGGAGUUGGAAAAAGAAAUGUUGAAUGGACAGAAGCUACAGGGACCAGCCACAGCUGCUGAAGUCUAUUACGUCCUCCAGCGCAAGGAGCUGUUGAACAAGUUCCCCUUGUUUACAACCAUCUAUCAGAUCUGCUACCAAGGACAUCCAGUCAGGGAGUUCAUCAGCUGCUUGCAGAACCACCCAGAGCACAAGUGAAGGAGAAAUGGAGCAGCAAGCAUGGAAUGGAAACAGGGUAGAAGAAAGCUGAGUAACGGAGGCUGCGCUGUCUGAACGAAAACUCAACACGUUUCCAUUAAGUUUAUACCCAGUUUGGCUGCCUUGUUACAAGUCUAACACUGUCAGCUCUGACAUUUUUUACUCUAACUCUUUUCAGCUAGUAGCAGUCACUGGACAGAAAAACUUAAUUAUUCAAAGAAUGUCAGUUCUUUUCACCUUUCUGAAAAAAGGGCAAAAACACUUACGGAUUAAGUGUUAAAAUGAAAGUGCCUUAUGUUAAGUUCCUAACCUAUGCAGAGCUGGCAUUUUGACAGUUGCAUUAAUUUGCUUUAAAGGAAAAGAAAAGGAAAAAAAAAAAAAAAAGCCUGAAGUCUGUCAUUGGCAUGGGAGGCAUUAAUGUAGUAUAUUUAUUUUGAAAUGAGUAGCUAAUUA